UGCCAGUUAACGUUAGUUAGUAACUCUCUCCGUGUGGGAUCAAGAAAGACUGUCCAGGGAUGAGACGAAAGAGAAAAGAAGACGAUGUUCAUCAGAAAACCUUUAAAAUAUUCACCUGCAAUAUUUGGAAAAUGUUUCUGGUCCCGAAGUGGUGGAUUUUUAUCGUUUGUCUUACAGAUGUCCUCCCUCCCCGUUGCUCGGGGGUUAAUGUGUUCGUGAGAGAUGAGAAGAGGUAUGCCGUGUUGUUUCAGUCGGUGGUUCUGCCGUGCCAGUACAACAGCGUGUCCACCCAGACCCCCGUGGUGCAGUGGGUCUACAAGUCGUACUGUCGGGACCGAACGCGGGAUUCCUUCAACUACCCCGACACCCUGAGUGGAGGCCAGGGGGGAGGUGGGCUGACGGGUGGAAGCAGAGGAGCCGGCGGAGGGUACGAGACGGGGAUGACGGCGAGCUACCUUGACUGCGCAGACAGCAGCCGGACGGUCCGCACUGUGGCCUCCAUCUCUGGUUCCUCAAUCACACUGUCAGAGUACUACAAGAGCAGAGAUAUCUCCAUCAUCAACAAGGCAGACCUGCGCAUAGGAGAGGUCAAGUGGGGAGACAGUGGAGUUUACAUCUGUAAAGUGGUUAUAUCGGAUGAUUUAGAAGGACAGAACGAAGCCUCCGUGGAGCUGCUGGUUCUUGGUUUCUCAGGUGUGCCUGAAGAUCUCCUGCCAGACUUUGAUUUGAAGAUUAUGCCAGAGUGGGUGUUUGUGUCGGCGGUGGCUCUGGGCAGUGUCCUGUUCCUGCUGUUGGUCGGGGUUUGUUGGUGUCAGUGUUGUCCUCACUCCUGCUGCUGCUACGUCAGCUGCUGGUGCUGCCCCGACACAUGCUGCUGCCCAAGACACCUAUAUGAGGCAGGUAAGGGUAUAAAGACGGGCACCUCCAGCCCUCAGACACCUGCCUACCCUCCAUACUUUGUCACUGGUGUACCGACGAUGAUCCCCAUCGCACCCCCUUCUCUGGUGGACAAGAUGUCUUCUGUCGCCCCUUCAGAUGGCAGCCUGAUCACAGCAGUGCCGAUGCAUGCUGUAGGGGUUCCCUACCGCGUGCCUUCACCUCAGGAUCAGGAAUCUCUCAGGGUGUUACAGUAUGUAGAGAAACAACUGGCUCACUUCAACCCUGCCAGGUCCAUCAGCCACCAGUCCUGUAGCUUGUCUGAGAUGAGCUCCCUCCACGAGGGAGAAACAGGCUUCCGCCAAACAUACCGAAACGUUCAGAAGAAAGCUCUGCCCGCCAUCCCUGACCACGAUCCUCAGCUAGAGCCCCAACGCUACCGUGACAACUGCAGCCCAGAGCUGCAGCGUUACCGCGACAAUCCCUCUUCACCCCAACGAUAUCGUGAUGACCCCGACUCAGAGCCCCGCCGCUGCCAGGAAGAGACUCUUCCACCGCGACGGUACAGCGACGACCCUCCGUCCUCCUCACAGUCCCGCAGGCCUGGCCGAAAUCAACGGCAACAGAAUCACAGCGAGGAGGACAAACACAACAGGUGGAACCCCCGUUCAGAACAUCUGCAGAGAAAGACGUACCGUACUGCCGGACGAACCGGCUCACUGGAUGAGCUGGAGGAGUUUGCUGCUGGUUACAAGCAGAGAGGAGGCAGAGAGGAAGAGAAAAGGGAAGAAGACAGGGGAGACUAUGAGAUGGAGCUUCUGGAGUUCCGUCGAUAUCCUUCCUACCGUAAUGGUCCGUCUCAGCAUUAUCACAAUGAUGAAAAUGAGCUCGGAGACAACAGCGACCACGAAGAUCAUCUCAGACGAAACAUAAGCCCACUUCAGUCACCCAAGAAGAGGAGAGGCACUUCGGACAGCGAGCGCCCUGCCCCACCUCCUCCCAGAGUCAGUCCACCAUCAACUUCUUCUCAAGAGAAGGACUACGAUGGCACGUUCCUGAAUAGCCUGCUGGAGCGUAAGUCUAAGUUGCGAGGGGUCAGCCAGGGGAAGAGUGGGGCCCGGGGUGAGGAGGAUUCAGACACACCCUCAAAGGGAAGCUCGAAAAAGAGCAGCGGGGAAUCUAGUCGGCACUGCAGCCGCUCGCCCAGUAACAGGCCUGAGGCAGAUUCACUGUCUCCUUUCUCAGACACAGAGCGAAGCUGCACUGACAGGCCAUCCCCGCGGCCGCUCCCAGCCAGCACUCGCUCCUCUCAACCUCCUGCCCAUUCCCUUGCUCGCAGAGAGGAGCCCAGGGACAAGACUCGGAAAGUGAGCACUCUUCUCAGCCGGGACUCCCUCAUCGUCUAAUGGACUGAAAGCCACACUAACUGAAUGCUUGGAGCAAACUCUACGGGAGCCGCGUGUCAGCUGAUGAGAGAUCAUAGGAAUGAUUUUCAUCGCACAAAAUAGGCAACUGACCGUAAAGGAAAGCUGAAUCAGCACCGGUGAAUGACGAAAUGGACAACACACACACUUUGACUAUGGAGACUGUCACUGGGGUUUCUGCCUGUGACGUCGCUGAAUGAUGAAGUCAUCACUGUUCAGUUUCUGUCACCGGCUGCCUCAUAUAUAUCUCAGCUGGACUAACACCGAACUAAUGUGUGGCUGGGUGCAUGACCUGGACUGUCCCUCCCAGCAGGACGCUGUUCGUCUCCCCUCGUCCCUUUAGAAAAGACUUGCUUUACGCUUCCAGCACAAUGAGUGCAUUCAUUUCCACUUGAUGAGAUAUCGGCUUUAAAUAAGCACAGUUGUAGAAAAUGAGGUAUAAGACAACAGCAUUAUUGUAAAGGACAUACUGCAGCUUCAGCUGAAUGACAAUACUCACUCUGUCAUUCAGUAACAUUCGGGGCUAAAGCACCUAAUUCUGACGGCUUUUACAUGGAGAUUUUAAUGUGUAUGUCCGUCCCUGACUUGCUGAGUGAGUGAUGAAGUUGCACCAUUGGUCGGUCGAAUGUUGGAGUUUCCCCAUUUGUUUUUGCAGCCUUUACUGUUUUAAGGACACUCGCCGUGCUCAUCAACCCUUUUGAUGAUGUUCUUAGUAGUUUUUUAUAAGCUCGAAUGCUCAGCAGCAAACAGCAGACAGACACAGCAGGACUCGCAGAGUGCUGGUGAACACAGUAGAGCAUUUAGCAGCUAAAGGGACAGAUACCUCUCAGGAGAAAGAGAGAGAAUAUUGAUUAAAUUCAUCACGUGGAGACAAACAUGAGUCCAAAUGAAUGAUAAUGUUGCUCUGUAUCUGCUGGACGUGUAAAUAAGCAAUUGUUUGCUAAAACAUUCGCCAUAACACUUUAUAAGGUGAUGAUAUGCCAGUGUAUGACAUGUGUGUACAGCUUCUUCUAUGGCCCCUAGGUGGCCAACAUAUGUAUUAAUGUUGCUUUAAGUAACUGCAUGCAGAGGGUUCCCUCGGAUCCUUAACAAGUCUUAUAAGGCAUUGAAUUCAUUCAUCAAAAUAAGGCCUUAAUUGGUAUCAAAAUAUCCAAAAACAUUCUUGCAAAAGUCUUAAGAAUGCUAAGACAUGGGAAGUACUGCUUUUUUCGACAUUGGAAUUUUCUAAUGACAA